AUGAAUAAGGACACGAAUUCCAAUGGCAGCGACGACGCAUUCGUUGCCGCCUGGCGUCCGCCUUUGGAAAAUGAGUCCUCGACAUUCCGCCUCCAGACGACACUGCCCAAGCUACCGAUCCCCAAGCUGGAGGAGACGUGCCAGCGCUUCUUGGCGUCCGUCGAGGCGCUACAAACGCCCGAGGAGCAGCAGCUAACGGAGCGCAGCGUUCAGGAGUUUUUGGCUCACGACGGACCACGUCUACACCAGCAGCUUUUGAGCUAUGAGAAGGAUAAAGUAUCCUUCAUUGAAGACUUUUGGUACGAGGCCUACUUGAACCAUCGCAGCUCUGUCGUACUCAACGUAAAUCCCUUCUUCGUACUGGAGGACGACCCCACACCCUCACGAAACAACCAACUCUCACGGGUCACAUCUCUUGUCUUAGGCGCUCUCAAGUUCAUUAAUGCACUACGGAGAGGCACCCUCGAGCCAGACAUGUGGCGAGGCAACAUAGCACUCUGCAUGCACCAGUACAAGCGCCUCUUUGGCUGCGCACGCGUGCCAUCGGCUGGUGUAGACAGCGUCAUGGUAGACAAGCUGUCCAAGCAUAUUGUGAUAGUCUGUCGCAACCAAUUUUACUGGUUUGACGUCAUGUGGGAGGACGGUGUCACAGCCAUCACGGAGAGAGAGCUGCUAGCCAAUUUGCAGGUCAUCCACGAAGACGCACUGAAGAUCGAUGAUGUGGAGGCGGCGUCUAACGCUGUGGGCGUACUCACUACGGAGCGUCGUGCCAAGUGGGCCAGCCUGCGAGCAAAGCUGCAAAUCAAGAACAAGGACACGCUGGCCGUCAUCGACCGCGCGCUGUUUCUCGUGUGUCUAGACACCACGUCACCUCCGGAUGCCGCAGCCUUUGCUGCUACGGCACUACACGGCACCUACAGCAUUACCAAGGAAGGCGUACAGACUGGUACGUGUAUGAACCGCUGGUACGACAAGCUUCAAAUUAUUGUGUGCGAGAACGGCGUGGCCGGGUGCAACUUUGAGCACGCGUUCGUAGACGGUCACACGGUGCUCCGCUUCGUCUCGGACAUGUUCACAGACACGAUCAUCCGCUUCGCACAGACUAUCCGUGCUGGCAGCUACGCUUUCUUGGAAGCGUCAUAUCGCGCGCCGCAGCUGAGCCCAGCCGACGCACCUGAUCGCCCGCGCGUGAAGCCGCAUAAGCUGGAGUGGGACCUAGACCGCGAGCUGCAGAAGGGGAUCAAGUUUGCCGAGGCGCAGCUAACGGAUCUGAUUCUGCAAAACGAAGUCAAGGUACUCGAGUUCACGGCGUUCGGCAAGCUUUUCAUCACCCAGCACAAGAUGAGCCCGGAUGCCUUCGUGCAGAUGGCCUUUGUAGCUGCCUAUUACUUCCAGUAUGGCAGUGCACCGUGCAUCUACGAGCCUGUGCUUACCAAGCGCUUUCUGCACGGUCGCACAGAGGCUGCACGAGCCAUGACAGUCGACGCGCUCGAGUUCGUUAAAACCUUCUUCUCAGACAAGACGCCGCUCGAAAAGAUUGGGUCUUUGCGCAAGGCAAUUUCCUCACACGUCAGCAACGUGCGGGACUGUGCAGUUGGCAAGGGUCCCGAGCGCCACCUCUACGCUCUCGAGUGCCUGUGGCAACACGGGAAGGCCGCGGACAGCAGCAAGGUCAUGCCGGCACUCUUCGCGGAUGACGCAUGGCACAAGCUGAACCACUCGGUAUUGUCAACGAGCAACUGCGGCAACCCAAGCCUGCGUUUGUUCGGUUUCGGUCCUGUAGUGCCCGACGGAUUUGGCAUCGGCUACAUUAUCAAGGACGAGGGUAUCCAGUUUUGUGCGUCGUCGCGGCACCGCCAGACUGAGCGCUAUCUCAAGAACCUCGAGUCGUACUUACUGCGUGUGCAGGACCUGUUGAUGCACGAAGAGGAGAUCCGCUUCCCACACAGCACGGCUGCCAAGAAGGAGACGGUGCGGACGUUAUUCAAGGGCUACGGGUUCUUCGAUGACGGUGGUCAGCCCACAGAAGCCAAAGUGCUGGCGUCCAUCGCCGCAGUCGGAAAACCGCUAAUGUAG